AUGUUACGGCCCAGCAUCCCCCGAAUAGGGCGGUCCUUGAAUACCUUCCGUCGGUCACUUCACCAUGUUCCCUUGCUCCCUCACAAUUUCCAGAAUGGCGUGCCAGGUCUGCUCUCGCCAGCAGCCUUCGACAUUUCAUGGACUCAAUAUCAGAGCUUGAUGGUCGAGAAGCUGAAUGUCCUCACAGCAGGAGGAGAAUGGGAAUCGCGAACCCCCAAAGAAAUCCUCCUAAAGUACGCCCGAGACCCCAAUUCCGCCCCGAUCUUCAACUACGCGUCAAUGGCGCACAAUAACGCCUUCUUCUUCAACUGCCUCUCCCCCAAACCGGCGGCCAUGCCCAAGAUCCUCAAAGAAGAACUCACAGCCUCCUUUUCCUCCAUCGAGACUCUAAAACAAGAAUUCAUCGUCACAGCAAGCUCCAUGUUCGGCCCUGGUUUCGUAUGGCUUGUGAUGGGCAGGGACAGGAGGUUCUCCCUGCUCACGACAUAUCUGGCAGGUUCGCCUUACCCUGGAGCGCAUUACAGAAAGCAAAAUGUGGAUAUGAAUACGGAGGAUAAGUCGGUCUCCGAGCAUAUGAGGCGGAUAAACCGCGGCCCGCCAGCUAAUAGCGUUGGUGCCUUUGGGGCUUAUAGCGGGAAUCAGAGUCUUGCGCCCGGUGCGGCGGAUGUUUUGCCCGUCCUUUGCAUCAAUACAUGGGAGCAUGUGUAUCUUCCUGAUUACGGGGUCGGAGCGUUUGGUGGGGGCGGCAAGAAGGCGUAUGCAGAGAGCUGGUGGAAUGCGAUCGAUUGGGAUGUUGUAGCGAAUAAUGCGGGCCCUUCACCAGGCAGGGGAGGAAUCUAG